AUGGCCGCCGCUACUCGUGCGACGGCGGUCCGCGCCGGGCGUAAGAGAAGCCGCAUUUCCUACCGCGAACCCAGCACCGACGAAGAAGAAGACCUCAUCACAGGCGACGAUGAGGAGGAGGCAAUCGGUAGUGCGCGCAAACGCAGGCGCCGAAGUGCAGGUGUUCCCCAAUCGCAACCGCAAGAUUCAACCGGCCGCCGCCGCGCGAAGCACCCACGGAAGAAUGCACAGUCCAAGAAGCCUACCGAUCCUUUCCCAGCCGCGACCAAGAAACUUGCCGUUCUGGAGAGCGAUGGGGUCGUACCGGACUGGGCAAGUCUACCAUACGAGGUUCUGCUACAGAUCUUCAUAUUCGCAAGUGACCCUCUGCAUGAUGAGGAUUUCCGUCCGACAACUAAUGUUCCCUGGCUGGCGAGUACUGCACGCGUCUGCAAAUCAUUCAUGGAACCAGCACUGACGGCACUCUACCGACGCCCGCCUCUGCUGACCAUCGACAAGCCUCACAAGCUUCUUGAACUGCUCUCAGACACGACAGCGAAGCACUGUAUCAACUACAAUGUCAAAGUCCGCCGUCUGGAGUUUGAUGCUCCCAGCACUCUUGCAUACACUUGGUCUGGAAAACAAUUCGAGAUCGGUGACCUGAUACCAUUUGUCCCCCAGUUGACUGAGAUUUCGAUCGUCCACCCGCAGGAUCGUCCACCGUUUCGAACUUUGAACAGGUCUGGACGGUGGCAUUAUAGCCAAGCCCUAUUCACAUCUCUUGCCGCCAGCAAGAUUCGGUUGAAAUCAUGGAACUGGAACUCGAACUUCCGUUCCAGAGAUCAUGAUCUCUUUUGGAUGGGCGGUAUUCACCAGCUGGAUGCUUUUCAGCGAUUGGAGCACCUUUCCCUGUUCAAUUUCGGACCAGAGUCCUUCGCCGUGGUGACAAACGAUGAAGGCCCUGAGCACUCAGGGCGCUCCAGUAAACAAGUCCUUGCGGAUAAUUUGGCGCUUUUGCCGGAGCUUAAAAGUCUGAGUUUCGAGUGCUGCCAGGUGCUCGAUGCAGACUUCCUCCCUCUUCUGAAGGAAAAUUUGCAUCAUCUUACGAUCGUCAAUUGUCACCAUGUGACUUCUGAAAUUCUUCGCGAUUUUCUCAUUUCACACGGAAGCCAGUUGGAGAGCUUGACUCUCAAUCAUAACCAGACUCUCGAUAUCUCCUUUCUCCCGGAUUUGAAACGGGCAUGUCCAAAGCUUCAAGCUUUGAAGAUGGACUUGAACUACUUUGACUCUCACGACACUUUCAGAGAUUCUGAACCAAAGUAUUUCGACCUACUAAAGGAUGACGAGGUACCGAGCUGGCCCACGACACUGCAAGUUAUCGAAAUGAACCAGCUUAGGCAAUGGACUUCUGCGGCUGCGGAAAACUUCUUCUCUUCGCUCCUCGACUCUGCAGAAGAGCUACCUGACCUCCGCAUACUUGUUCUCAAGGCGAUCCUCAACAUCGGAUGGCGCGAUCGGGCCUCCUUCCGUGACAAGUGGAUUGGCAGGCUCCAGCGCGUCUUUUUGAGGAAGUCAUCUCCACCUAACCCCCACCUCAUGUCUGGGCCCACUGGACGGCUGCGACACGUUGCUGUCACUCCGCGUGCCAAGGACAAAGCACCUUUCUGGACUGCCGGAGAAGACGCCCAUAGCGCGGAUGAAAAUCCCGACGACUCAUCCGCACCAGCUCGUCGCCUUCGCCCACGCAGGGCUGUGGCAACUACUUCCGCCGCCGACGACACAUCAGCAAGCUCCUCAUCUUCCUCGUCCGAAGCGGAACCCUCGUCCGCAGAAGAUGAGGAUGACCACCACCGCUCUUCUGACGAAAACGGUGGCUCCAAAGACUGGAAGCACACCCGGGAGAAGUUCAUACAGGGUAUGUGCGAGAUCGUCGACAUCCGCAUCGACAACCUCCGCCCCCGCGAGGAGCAGUUCAACGAAAACGACUUCCUCGACUCGGAGGUCAGCGGCGACGAGGACUGGAACGGUGAGGACAAUUUCGUCGCGGAUGAUGGAUAUGCGUGGUGA